AGCAUCCGCACUCUUGCUACUGUCAGCAGCAGCGGUGCUGCAGUAUUGUGAAGUUGUUGUGCAUAGUUGCAGUGUAACCACAUGGGUGUUUUGACCUUUGGUUGCAAUGAAUCAUUAUUGCAGGAGGAGUGAGGAUCGAGUCAGUGAAUGACAUAGAGAGGCAGAGAUGGGGACGAACAGCCAGAGCACCACCAUCAUGGAAACAGAAGAUGACGUCCCAGACCCUGCUCAGUUUAGCGAAGACACUGCAGCGUGCAUUGUUUCUGUGAAAGGAUUAAAAGAGAACUGGCAGAAGUGGUCCGAUGAGCAACGGGAGUACCAGAAGCACAAUCCCUUCAGUCACGACACCAGGCCCAGUGUGGUGGUCCCUCAGAGGGGGCAGGACGACUACGGGAGACCCCUGCAGGGGUCCAUGACUGAGCAGCGGGGGAAGGAUGCUCACACACACAUCAGCAGAGAGGUGGAGGAGCUGUGUGAGGUGAUAAGGAACAUUGGAAAACCUGUAGACGAAGAUGGGGAUAGAAAAGUGAUCACUGUGGAGUUUGGGAAACUGUUUGAGCAUUACGUGACCAUCUCUAAUAAACUGGUGGGGAUUCUUCUGCGGGCGAGGAAGCAGAGGCUGGUUGGCUUUGAGGGGGAGAUGCUGUGGCAGGGGAAGGAUGACCAUGCAGUUAUCACUCUGCUGCAGUGAUCACAAACCUGUUUUUAUACCUUGAUUUAUGUUCCAUGCAGGACAUGCAGUGGCAUGUAACAAGCUACUUCAUGGCAGCACUCACUGUGGUAUUCAGUUAGCAGAGGGAUAGCACUAACUAUACUUCAGUGGCUGAUAAACCACACCACCUACUGAGGAGUGUACGUUAGGCAUACGAGUGCAGCAAGCAGAAAAAGUCACGUAAAAACCUAAAAGAAAUGGAAUGAGACAGUUAAAAUUAGAAACGUUGAUACAAAUUUGGGUCAUACCAGGUGAACAGCACUGAAAAAGGCCCAAACAAACAGGUGAAUGCUUUGCUGAUUCUGCCCCCACUAUCAGCCCCAACGACAAAAUAUAGUGUCAAAAAAUAAAAUUCUGAAAGAAGAAAACAACCCCCUUCUUACUUUUAACUACCUGAUGUAGUACUAAAGGCAACACUAUGAGAUUGAAUAGUGUUUCAUAACCAUUUAAAAAACUCCUUGUACUUUAACAACAGUGAUAUGGCAGAUAUACUAUAUUCAAGUUUAGAAAUAUACUAGAUUUGAUUGUGAUGCUAAAUCAGGUCUUAGCUGACCAAUCCUGUUUUUAUAUUUAUUAACUGUAGUGUGGGGGGAAUGGAGGAGUAAGCCACUGGAAUGAAGUCAGAGUGAGUCCGAACCGAAGCCAAAGAGAACAUGAGGCUGCCUGUGACAGACAAUAUGGUGCUAUAGGAUGAACUUGAUCCGACUUGGCCUGGGUGCUUCCGAGCUUGUGUUUAUUACAAGUGUGCUUUGUAAUUUUGGUAGCCUUGUUACAGUUUGAAACUUUGUACACUUGCACUGCACCACACUGAGAUAGAUGUGCAAUAAGCUACAAAUGCAGCUUUAAUAAAACGAGAACUACACAGUAAA